AUUUUCCAUGUGAGGGCCCAGAAAUUUAAUAAGACACUGGCAAUUUAAUUGUCUUCUUUGUCAAUUAAAACAGAAAACAAAUGUGUUGAGGUUCAGAGUCUCUGAGUUUCAUUCACUUCUUGCACAAAUUUCUCUGUGUAUUUGUUCUUCACUCAGAUGAAAUUUGAUAACAAAUCAAUGGCAAUCAAAGUUCAUUCAGAGAAGAAGUUGAAGAUAAUGGUUGGUUUCUUUCUGUGGUAGAUUUGGAAGUGUUACAGAUACAUAUACAAAAAAAGGAAAAAAAAAAUGUCGACAGAAAACAAAUGUUGCAUUUUGAUGCAAAAGUAUGAGUUGGGGAAAUUACUUGGCCAAGGAACCUUUGCUAAGGUUUACCAUGGCAGGGAUCUCAAGAACUCGCAAAGUGUUGCUAUAAAGGUUAUCGACAAAGAAAAAGUUUCAAAGGUUGGUUUGGUUGAUCAGAUAAAACGAGAAAUUUCGGUGAUGAGACUCAUUAGACACCCUCAUGUUGUGAGGCUCUUUGAAGUCAUGGCAAACAAAAACAAGAUUUACUUUGUAAUGGAGUAUGUGAAAGGUGGUGAGCUGUUCAAUAAGCUUUUAAAAGGCAAGCUCAAGGAAGACGUUGUUCGAAAAUACUUUCAGCAGUUGAUUAGUUCCGUCGACUUUUGUCAUAGCAGAGGUGUUUAUCAUCGUGAUCUAAAGCCGGAGAAUCUUCUUUUGGAUGAUGAAGGUGAUUUAAAGGUUUCUGAUUUUGGUCUGAGUGCUCUCACUGAGUCUAAGAGGCAGGAUGGAUUACUUCACACCACUUGCGGCACACCUGCUUAUGUUGCUCCGGAAGUGAUAAGCCGACGAGGAUAUGAAGGAGCGAAAGCCGAUAUAUGGUCAUGUGGAGUGAUAUUGUUUGUUCUUUUAGCUGGUUAUCUUCCUUUUCAUGAUCAAAAUCUAAUGGAGAUGUAUAGAAAGAUUGGAAAGGCGGAAUUCAAAUGUCCGGGUUGGUUCCCUAGUGAUGUGAGAAAAUUGUUAUCUAAGAUCCUUGAUCCAAAUCCUAGUACAAGGAUCACAAUUGAAGAAAUUAUGGAAAAUUCUUGGUUUAGAAAAGGAUUUGAUUACAAACCAAUGAUGAUGAUUAAUGAUACAAACACAGAAGCUGCUGAAGAAGUCUUGAAUUCCAGUGAGAACAGUCCAGUGAUGAAACCGACAAGUUUGAAUGCUUUUGAUAUUAUCUCUCUUUCAGCUGGUUUUGAUCUCUCAGGUUUGUUUGAGCAAUCUGAUGAUAAAAGAGAUGCAAGGUUCACUUCAAGUAUGCCGGCUUCAACCAUAAUUUCAAAGCUGGAAGAUGUCAUGAGAAGGUUGAAGAUUCGGGUCAGGAAGAAGGACGGCGGAGUUCUGAAAAUGGAAGCAUUGAAAGAAGGAAGAAAAGGCACAUUAGCUAUCGAUGCAGAAAUUUUCGAGGUCACACCAGAGUUUCAUUUGGUCGAGAUAAGCAAGACGAAUGGUGAUACUUUAGAGUAUCAGAAGCUGUGGAAGCAAGACAUAAGGCCUGCAUUGAAGGACAUUGUUUGGGCAUGGCAAGGUGAGAAAUGAAAUAAGGAUUUUGGUUAUCCUUAUUCUUAAUAAUCUUUUGUUAAUAUUUUGCCGGUAUUAUUAUUCUCUACUGUUCCAGAAUUAUCGGUAUGUUGAUAGAUGUUUUCCACCAUCACCUAAUGCACACACACACACUAGAGCUAGAAUAAUGUUAGCUUGGAGAAGAACAGAACCGGCAUCUCUAGUUCUCAUCAGAGAAUAGUUUUAGCAUUAAUGUCUCUCAUUGGAGAAUUAAAGUUGCAUGAGUUUGUUCUUCCGAGUCUUGUCAAUGAGUACUCAUACUUUGUUCCUUCUAAUCAAUGA